UUUGCCUCAACUCAACAACCACAUAAUCCAGACCUGAGGUAGCUUGUCAGACUUGUCCUGGGACAAGUGAUAAAAGGUAAAACGCCAUCUAACUCCGGUGCUUCUCAAUGUUUCCUUGACUUGGCAGGGCUCUCAUUUCAUUUAAAGACCCUGAAGAGAAGAAUGGCAGACAGGGAGUAUAUACCCGAGAGACGAAUGGUGCUGAUUGGUGAUCGAUGGUCUGGUAAAAGCUCCUGUGGCAACACCAUACUGAGGAAAGAAAGUUUUGAGUGUGGCCGGACGAGAACAACUCAGUCCGAAGUCAGACAUGAAGAAGUGGAGGGCCGGAAUCUGGUGGUGGUUGAUGCUCCGGGUUGGAAGACCUCGCGGUCCCUCAGAGAGAUCCCAGAGGGAGACAAACAGCGAUUCAAACUCAACGCCUCCAAAUGCCUGCCUGGACCUCAUGCUUUCCUCCUUGUCGUUCCUAUUGAUUCAGCCUUUUCUGUUGACCAGAGGAAGACCGUGCAGGAACACAUGAAGCUCCUGGGGGAGCGGGCGUGGAGAUACAGCAUGGUGCUGUUCACUUGUGGAGACUUCCUGGCAGAGAAGACCAUUGAGCAGCACAUCGAGAGCGAGGGCCCGGCACUCAAGUGGUUGAUAGAGAAGUGCAACGACAGGUAUCACGUGUUCAGCAACAAGGAUAAGAGCAACUUAUCUCAGGUCACUCAGCUGAUGAAGAAGAUUGAUGAGCUGGUGGAGGACAAUGAAGACAGCUUCUACGAGCUAGACGAGCACACACUUCUCACCAUUGAGAAAAAGCAAGAAGAAGUGGCUAAGAGGGCCGUAGAGAGAAAGAGGCGGGCAGAUGAGCAAAGAAAGCAGUUGGAAGGGGUCAGGUCAGAAAUGACACCCAUUCGAAAACUUCAGCUAGUUCUCCUGGGCAGUCGAUUCGUGGGAAAAACCUCCGUAGGGAACACCAUCUUGGGAAUCACAGAGCAUGAAGAAGGAAGAAGGACAACUCGCUCGCUUGUCCAACAGGGCUCUGUGGGUCGGACUGAGAUAACAAUUGUGGACACGCCGGGCUGGUGGAAAAGCUACCCGGCUUGCGACACCCCAGAGGUGAUCAAGGAUGAGGUGAAGCACAGCAUGUUCAUGUGUUCUCCAGGGCCGCACGUCUUCCUGCUGGUGAUAGACGCAGAAGCCUCCUUCAACACCAAACACCUGGAUGCAGCCACAAGUCAUGUGGAGCUACUUGGGGAGGGCGUGUGGGAACACACCAUGGUGGUUUUCACCAAAGGGGACUGGCUGGGAGAGCGCACCAUAGAGGAAUACAUCGAGGGUGAGGGGAAAGCCCUGCAGUCACUAGUGGAUCGAUGCGGCAACAGAUAUCACGUUCUGGACAACAGCAACGAAGAUGAUGGCACUCAGGUCAACGAGCUGAUGGAGAAAAUCGCUCUGACAACGGCAGGGAACCAAGGCCGGCAUUUUGUACCUAAUAAGCAGAUGCUGGUGACCCUGAUGGCAAAAAAAAGACAAGUGGAAGAGGCUGCCAAACAGAGACAAAGUCAAGUGAAGGCUACAAGAGAAAUUGGGAAAGGUCCCACCCGCAAAUUGAAAGAGCUGAGACUAAUGAUACUUGGUCACAAGACAGCUGGAAAGACAUCAGUAGCAAAUUACCUCCUGCAGAGCAUUUUGUUCCCCACCCAUCCAAAUGACGAGUGUCGGGUGGGGACAGCGCAGGUUGCUGAUAAGGAGGUCACAGUGGUCGACACCACGGGUUGGUAUCGUGACUCCUCACGUUGCAUCGAGAAGCAGGACCGAGAAAUAGUCAGAGGUCUGACCUUGAGCCCAAAGGGUGUCCACGCGGUUCUGAUUGUGAUCCCAUUAGACAUGAAAUUCAAGGAGGCUGAGCAGGACGCCCUAGAGGAUCAUAUGAAGCUUUUUGGUGACACCAUCUGGAACCACACUAUGGUUCUGUUCACAAAUAUGGACACCCUGGCGGAUAUAUCACUAGAGGAGUACAUUGAGUUGGAGCACAGUGCGCUGCAGUGGCUGGUGGACAAGUGUCAAAACAAAUACCACUACUUGAACGUCACAAGGAAAGCAAGCUCGAGCCAGCUCACCCAACUGUUUGAGAAGAUAGAAGAGAUGUCAGCAAAGAACGGGGGCCACCUCUUCCGCCCUGACAUGAAGGACAUCAACCUCAGGAUUGAAGAAAAGUUCCAAAAGAGGAAAGUCACAAAUCAGCUGGAGUAUGUGAUGGAGGAGAUGUUCAGAAGGCGUGAGUUGCAGCUGAUGGUAUCCUUCAAAGACAAGUUCCUGCAGCUGCAAAAGGACAUAACUGACUUACCUGGCGGAAGCCACCAAAAGCUGCUGGGCAUCACCAGAAAGGACAAUGACAAGAAGGAGUGUGUGCUGUCAAAAAUUAAUCAGGAGAUUGAAGAGCUGGAUAAGGCUGUUAUGAAAUUAACAAAUCGGAACAGCAUGGACUUCCUACAGCCUACUAUGAGCACAAGACCACCAGACUCUGAGAAUGUUCUGGAAUGGCUGGAAUGGAAAGUUGAUCAGAUGACCUCCAACCUUUUGCACUCGUCAGAAUACAGUUCCAUGGCUACGCUAGAUAACACAGCUUCUACUCAACAAGUGGACUGACUGGCGGGACUACUGGGCGCACCUGCCCCUGAUGAUCGCCGACCUCAUUUAAGAUGAGGGAUUGCACCUGGGAGAUGCUGGAUUAUUCUUUAUGGUUUGUGCCGCACAUACGGACUGCUCUGUUCUGGCUUUUAUCCAUUACACCCUUUUUGCAGUUUAGUGAAACAAUUCUUUCCCUCCUGUGGACUAAACUAUUCCCGGCGUCUCCCAGAGUGUGCGCCCAGUGCUCCUGGCUCUCCAGUAGGAAACCCCAGGCCUCCUCCAAGUCAGGUCUUUAUUUGAAGGCAAUUCCAAAAGCAGAAAAGUUUUUUUUAUUCUCUGACAAAGUGUGGUUCACUCUCUCAACAGCAGUAAAAUAAACAGUGUCACAUGACUUUCAUUAUCGUGCGUUUUGCUUCUUGCCUUCUUGCCUUGCCUAUGACAAAUGAUUUUUAAAACAGGCUGUCUUUUAAUGUGACCACAUACUGUUUGGUUC